UAAACGUCACCGCACCUGAAAUUGACAGUUUUCUUGCACACGAAUGAAGCGGCGAAAUUUUUGAAAAUAUUACGAAAUGCCCUACGAUUUCCACGGUUUUCAUUGAUUUGCCUUGAUGCACAGUAGAUAAAUGUAUCGGAAGUAACGCUAGUUUGAUAUCAGACACUGGCGCUGUGGUGUUACACCAUAGUUGGUUACAUUUACAUGGGGACGUGAGGGUUUUGGAGUAGUUAAUGGAAAAUGUCUCGAUCUGAGGAGGAGGACAAGCCGUGUAGAGCGUGCUCAGACUUCAAGACGUGGGCCAAUAAGCAGAGCAAAUCGACCCUGGCCCCGCCGAGCAAAACGAACACACCAAAGGACUGUCCUCUAGACAAGGAAGACCUAGGCAAGUCCACAUGGGGCUUCCUACACUCAAUGGCAGGAUACUACCCCGACAAACCCACCAAGUCACAGGCUGAAGACAUGAGUAAAUUCUUCCAAAUAUUUGCUCAGUUCUACCCGUGUGAACCUUGUGCAUUGGACUUUCAAGAAGACAUAAAAAAGAAUCCACCAAAGACGAAGACACAAGCAGAAUUAGCAAACUGGCUGUGUGAACGCCACAACACCGUGAACAUUAAACUUGGAAAACCCGUGUUUGACUGUAGCAAAGUGAAUGAAAGGUGGAAAGAAGGUUGGAAGGAUGGUUCCUGUGAUUAACCAGGGGCUGGAAGAAGAUAUAGCUAAAUAGAAAGGAGCGACACAAAUCUUUAUUGAUAGUAGUUAUAUUUAAAUUACGAUUUGGACCAAAUGGUGUAAUAGUUUGCAUAAUAUUUGUACCAAAUGGACUUUUACUCAUUCAACAUUCAUAGCAUACUUACCAAUAUUUUUAAUAGAGUGUAUCACUAUGAAGGAAAGUGAAACAAAAAAUGUACUAAUAAGAGUUCAAAGUACACAACGGGAUAUGAAAUAAUUCUUUCUAUUUGGCAAUAUUUUCAAGUUUCAGUCCCAUCUAAGAGUGAUAAGCAAGGCUUAGUAGCAAGCGAGUGAGACAGUCUUAGUUUUUAAAUGAUUUGUGAUGUUAUUUACGUAGUUAGCCAGCAUUUUCUACUAUGUAUAUGUGUACAGUUAUUUAGUUUCUGUUAAUAAAUGUUAUUUCUCUAUUGAGUA